AUGACAUCGAACGUCGAAGAAGUUUGUGAUGGAGAGAAUUUGGCGAUCAUCUUAGCGAUCUAUUGGGUUGUUUAUAUGCUCAUCAAUGCCAUCGUCUUUGCUGGUGCUAUGUAUAUUCUUCAACAAUGUCUCGAGAAAAAGAACAGUAAUCAUACCGGUCGAAAAUAUGACAAAAUACGACGACACAGUACUUCCCGUGCAAGCAGUUCAAUCAGUUUGGUUUCGGGACACAAGUAUUAA